UAUCGUUAUCUAUAGUCUAUGGAUAAUAAAGAAUUUGUGCUUGUCGUUGGAUCAUUGGCUGCCUUUCCUUUUCCGGUUCUGCAUCAAAGCUGUAACCAUGCCGCUCGCAAUUGAUUUAUUGCAUCCUUCUCCCGCGUCGGAGAAAAGGAAACACAAGUUGAAGAGGCUGGUGCCACAUCCGAACUCAUACUUCAUGGAUGUCAAGUGCCCUGGCUGCUACAAAAUCACAACUGUAUUCAGUCACGCGCAAAGGGUGGUCGUAUGCGCAGGUUGCUCAACGAUCCUUUGCCAGCCCACCGGUGGUCGCGCUAGAUUAACGGAGGGAUGUUCGUUUAGGAGAAAACAACAUUAAUUUUCCUGGAGAGAGAGCCCUAUUAAUUUAAGAUUCUUUUAUUUCCAUUGUGAUGAGAGAUGUUUUACAGUUUGUUAAAAUGAAUCCAGUCAAGUACUACAAAUAAAGGCUUUUUCAAAGGGAU